AUGGAUAAUGCGUGGUGCAGUGAUACGUACAGUGGGCAACAUAAUGCCCCUCCUCCGACCGAAAUAGAUGACAAGAUGGAGCAUCUCAUUUCGCGGAGUCGGAAUUUGUUGGACGACGACCAGGUUACCAAAGCUAUCCGUAUAGUUAUGGAAGCCGUGGAGAUAUGCCCCUGCGAUCCCGAAGGUCAGGGCAAGCAGCGGCAUGGAAAAGACAAGUCAUGCCACAUCAUUCAGUGUAUGGAGGCGGUCAAGACAAACGACCCCGCUGCCCUUCGUCAGGUAGCUGAGUGCCCUUGUACAUGUGGUUACCCGUGGCCGUCUUGCAAUAACCCGCAGCACGCCCUGGCUCUCGACCAACUUGCCAAUUGCCUAGACAAGGCCAAGCAGUACACUGCGGCCCUCUCGACCGCGCUGUCUACUGUGCGGUUGGAUCCUACCUCGGCCGUGGGUUAUUGCCGAGGGGGUCGCAUUCUCCGAUAUCUUCUGAGAAGUCAUUCUAACGAUCCCAACACCCCCGAGAUGCGGGCCGCCGCUGUAGCCACACAGAAUAUCGGGACGAUACCUUCUUCCGUGGUUCUCAGGGAUUGUCUUGUGCGCUUUGUUGAGAUUGGUGUGCGCUUAACGAGCCGCUAUCGUCAGAUCCCCAAGGAUCGUUACGACACCAUUCUCCAGCGAAUGGCCCAUCAUCUCAGGAGCGAUGUGGCCCGAAGGGAUCCGUCCCGAGCGAUGCCCCCUGAACUCAUGAGCUUGACUUUCUCGUUUCUCAGCAUUUCGGAUCUCAUCCGCUGUAUGCUCGUUUCCCGGUCCUGGAAUCGUCUUGUGAACCAGGACGGCUUACUCUGGAGCCACCUGAGCCUCUCCCGGCCUGGAAACGCCAAGGGAUUUUUUUCUAUCUUCCUCGGGAGGCACCCGCAGAUCUACACCUUUAUCAUCAAAGACAUAGUUGAGUUCGGGCUCUCGCCAAAGAAACUCUUCAAGAUCCUGAAGGGCAUGCCAGAACUACGACAGCUACACCUAGGACACAAGGGAGCUGGCUCUUAUGUUCUCGAGGAUCCUUCCAACACAUGGAACGUUCUUGCUAAACGGCUGUCUAAAAUUGGGCUCACUCAUCUUUCCCUUAAGAGCAUCAAGGGCGUGCAUUCACGAAUCCUCCCCUUCUGCCGGGCUAGCCUCCGCGUACUGGACCUCGUGGAUACAUGUGAGGGCCUUGACUUGACCCCCUGCUCCUCUGCUUUGAACAACCUGAAAUUUCUACGCAUCACGAACAACGGGCGGGAGAUUUACCUUGACCUCGCAAGAUUUGUCGCGUUUACACCAAACCUCGAGGAAUUCUGCGUUAGCGGGCCUUUCCAACUCGGACGGAGUGACGUUUCAUCUGUCUCUCAUGGAUACAAGUGGCCACGACUCCGCAGGCUUGUCAUUGACGGGGCGGUCAACCAGGACUUUGCCCAUUUUGCUGACUUUUUCUUGUGGGACCCUGUUAUGCCGAGUAUCCUGCCACUCAUGCCGAAGGCUUUGCGUUCUAUCGAAUUACUGGGCCAGCACGGAUUGGCUAGUUCCAUCCUCAGUGACAAUAGUGAUCUCGACUACAACGAAAAAGACGAAUCCUUCCCUUUCAUCGAAGUCUUCCGCUGCAUCAGCUCUCCCUUGACCCCCGAGAAGCUCAAGAAAAUCCUGAGCUUCUCCGCCCGCAACAACCGCCUCCAGGUCCUCGACAUCGCUCUAGACACUAAAUCCUUCGUCCCCGCGACCCCGACCGACCGCUUCACGCCCAAGCGCGACCUGGACUUCCUCGCCUGCGACAGCCUACACACCCUCGGCCUGCACGACUUCAACUUCUACCACGAUCCCCAUAGCUUGUCUCCCACGCGCUUCGACGGCCAACCCUUUGUCGACUGGCUCGACCUCUUUCCCAACGUCCACACCGUGUACGUCUACCCGGGCAAUUGGGACAACGUCUUGAAGUUGAUCUCAGCGCUCAUCAACCACCCGCAGAUCAAGGUGAUCUAUCAGAAUGUCCUCGCCGGCGUGCAAUGGGACGCGGCCAAGGCUGCGGCAAAGGAGAAGGGGAAAGAGUUGAACUCCACCAAGCGGUAUGUUGGACCAGUGUGGCCAGCGGAAAACUGGGUCUAG